GGCCUGGUUACUCUGCAUUGGGCCACCCGACUAAGCAGCAUCACAUUUCACGUAAGAGAACUGACUGCUAGUUUUCACUGCUGUUUUGCUUUUUAUUCCGUUUUUUUUUUAAUACUGCCUAAAGGGCUAAAAUAAUAAAACAUGGUGCGUGCUUGGUACAUGGACAGUUCUGACGAGGAUCAGAGACUUCCUCAUCAGUUAGAUCCACCUCAGCCUGUUUCACUGGAUCAGUUAAAACAAUUGGGAGUACUUUACUGGAAGUUGGAUGCUGAUAACUUUGAUGCUGAGGGAUUGCUAGACAAGAUAAAGAAGGAACGGGGCUACACAUACGAGGACAACAUCACAUGUACACCAGAUAAACUCCCAAACUAUGAACAAAAGUUGAAAAUCUUUUUUGAGGAGCAUUUGCAUUCUGAUGAGGAGAUCCGUUUCAUCACUGAUGGGAGUGGAUACUUUGAUGUCCGUGAUUUCAAUGACAAAUGGAUUCGUAUUGAAGUUGUAAAGGGAGACUUGAUUAUUCUUCCUGCCGGUAUCUAUCAUCGCUUCACCCUUGAUGACAAAGACUAUAUCCAAGCCAAGAGGUUGUUUGUUGGUGAGCCAGUCUGGACACCGCACAACAGACCAGCAGAUGAACACCCUGCUCGACAAGAAUAUGUUAAGAUGGUUAAAGCUAAUUAAUACACAUCAUUGCAAUUAAUCUUGAGAUGCAUGUAAUCACUGACCAUUCUUAGCCACCAUUUUGGUUGACUUUGACAAAACAUUUGGUUUUGGUGUCUUUGUGGCAUGCUAACCAAUAUGGUGGCCAUGCCUUUCGUACUUUUACUCUCAUCACUAUUAUAAUUACACUUGCUACCAUGCGAUGAUUCAUCCCAGUGGAAAUCUAGAUAUUUCACUUUAAAAAAAAAAAAAUCAAAUUAUCUAUGUGAAAACAUCUGUACAGUACUGAGUUUUCAUUGCUAUGCAGUUUUUAGGCCUUACUUCGAGUUAAUAGGUCACUUGUAUUAUAGCAUCAUUUACUAGCACUAACAGACUCCCUUGCACCCUUUCUUUUGUUCAGUUAAUUAGCACCAAUUGUCUAAUUACUCUCAUGAAAAAAUACAAAUUUGAAUAAGAAAGAAAAUUUGCGAAACAUUUUGGUAGUGGUAGUGAAAUGAARCCAUCAUGGAAAUGAGCUAUUGCCACAGUUAUAACACCUCAUUAAUCAUCUGUUAUCCAGUAGAGACUAUUUUAACUGUGUAAAAUUUAGCUGUCAGAAAAAGUUAGUUUUAUGCAGUUAAACAAUAUACUUAGCUAUUAAAGACCUCAGAAGCACAUGGUAUUAGUACUUAUUCAACUUUGAAGCAAUCUCGAUCUACAAUGAGUUCACACAUGCACCCAUUGAUAUAGAAAUGAUCAAACUAUGGCGUCGUUACAGUGCGGACACACUAAACGGAACCAAUUUAACGAAAAUUAAGAUAAAAACCUUUGGUAAUCAGGAAAAAGCAAAUCAGUAUCAUGUUGGCCUCACCCAAUCACAAUCUCUCAUCUUCAUUUUUCCUCGGAUAUCCAGGCUUCAUUGCUUGCUCCUGAUUGGUUCAAGUUUUCACUCUAUGCYGUGAUUGGUUGAUUUUCUUCAAGUGCUCCUGGUUAGUGUGUCCGCACAUAAAUGCAUCAAGUUUAGUUUUAUCAUUUGCAGUCUUUUGGUCUGAUYGUAUUAUACGUGAGCUUAGCAAGCUUCGUAUUUUUUUGCAUUUUCAUAUACGAAAAGGAAAUUUGAAAUGUCUUGGUUAAUAUUAAGCGGUAAAAGGUGUUCAGCCCUAAAAACUUUGUAAGAAAAAUUUGCAAAAAUUAGUAAGGUCUAGUAAGUUGUACAAACCUUGUACAAACCUAAUUUGUACAAUUUGGUUAACUCUUUAAUGCAUAUAUGGUAUGCCCUCUACAUCGCUGCAGGAAAUACAAAUAUAGGCACAAACAGCAUGUACUGAUUCAGUUGCAUAUUACAAAAGAAGUGAGGUCGAGAAGAAGCUGAAUAUAAUGCGCGCACUAUUUUGUUGGCUAUCGCCAUGUGAAUUUUAGCACGAGGUAAGAGUCUGGACCGCCAAAAUACUAUGGGAGCUGAAUAGAGCAUUUAUGGUUAAAUAGUCAGAGAAACAAUUGGUUAGGCUUAGCCUCCUCCACAGGCUACUCCAUAUAUACACUAUAUAUUCUCAGUUGGGACCCCUGUGUUAAAUUUUAUGGCAGAGAAGAACUAGGAACGAAAGAGGAGGAGUGGAAGCCCAAGGAGCAAACGUGCGUUCAACUUUGUGAUUUAUUUAGAGUAAUACUAGCUAAAAGCUGUAACAGUAGUUCGCUAUAAAGUUAGCGGUUAAGGUA